AUGACAAUUGUCCGAACAAAGGAAAACCAUGCCCUGCACUGCUGUGGCAACCGCGAAAUGUUCAUAUUAAACAUCAUCAUGCUGUGGCUUCUGUUUGUAGUCGGAAUAGGAUUCACCACGGCCGACAGUUCGCGAGGGUCGUAUCUCAUAACGUUCUCCAAGUAUCUGCAACGUGGAAUGCCAUUCAACGUCAGUAUCGACAUCCUCAAUACUACCAACAUCGUCCAUGUACAGGUGGAACUGCAACUUAUAGGGAAAAACAACAUAACUUGGGCCAAAGGUAACUUUACUAAAGGAACGACUGGGACGUUAUCACUGAAUGUGCCACGUGACAUCACUGAUGGACAGUACGGUCUCCAUGUCCGAGGUAGCAGGGCUCUGCAGUUUGAACGAUACACGUAUCUCACACCCCGUUCCAAAUAUAUUUCUGUCAUGGUACAGACUGACAAGGCCAUAUACAAGCCAGGACAGAUGGUUCAUUUCCGAGCGUUUGGUGUGUACCCAAGUUUGCAAGUGUACACGGGGAGUUUCGACAUAUCCCUUGUUGAUCCAAACAACAACAUCCUGAAGGAGUGGGCGGCUCUCCAUGAAUCUUCUGGAGUUGUGGCUGGGGAGUUCCAGCUGGCAGAUAAGACUGUUUUCGGAGACUGGGCUCUACGAGUAUCACCUGCAGUUGAACUGCCCCGCUUUGAAGUCAAAGUUGAUCUGCCUUCAUUCUCCCUGACCUCCGAUACAAAGCUGUCUGGAACAGUGAAAGCAAAGUACACCUUCGGAAAGCCGGUGAAGGGUAUGGUGGAGUUACAUACACACAUGACCGUCGCUAACGACUACUGUGGAAGACCGCCAAAAUAUGUUGAAGUGGCAUUUCCCCAGUACAUUGAUGGGGAAGCCAAAUUUGACAUUCCUGUUGCCGACAUCAAGCGUCUCCAGAGCAAUCUAAAUGAACAAACCGUCGUUGUUGUCGCCAUCGUGAAGGAGGAGUUGACGGGCGUGAGGCUGAACGGGUCCAGCUCAGUGAAAUACCACCAAUACCCCUACAAGAUUGAAGUCCUCAAUUCAAGUCCGAAAACAUUCUCACCCAAACUUCCAUAUACAGCAUAUAUCAAGGUGUCCCAACAAGAUGGCCGCCCUGUGACCGACCUCAGCAGUCCUGUGGGAGUGUACACCUGUGUCACAUACCGUAUUGUCCGAGAUGACCAGUCCGAGUUCUCCUGCUCAUCCUUCACCGGCAACUACGGCCUCCCAUCCAAAAACUACACCAUCCCUGCCUCCGGCAUCAUCCCCGUGGAUUUGCGCAUCCCUGAGAACACCACUAGAAUUAGCGUCAAGGUUCACUACAAUGAGGCAUCCGACACUUUAUCUGUCCAGCAGAAAAUGUCCUUCAGUGGCAACUUCAUGCAGCUCACACUCACCAGCAAGGGACUCAGGGUGCUAUCCCGGGGUACUGUUGUCCUUAUUGACCAAGUUGCUGUUGGAGGACAAAACCCUGUUCACUUCAAUGUCCCCAUAUCUGCAGCAAUGGCCCCAGAAGCUCACAUCAUCGCUUACUACGUCAGGAAAUCUGGUGAUGUUGUUGCUGACAGUCUUAGUUCCAGUGUCGACGAAGUCUUUGACAACAAGGUGUCCAUUGACUUCAGCAAGAACGACUCCAUGCCUCAUGACAACAUUGAUGUCAUGGUUAGCGCUGAUCCAAUGUCAUCUGUCAAUGUCCUUGCGGUCGACCAAAGUGUUCUUCUUCUCAAGUCCGGCAAUGACAUUACCACAGAGCAGGUUGCUGAUGAACUAAAGACAUACAGCUCUAGACAAACUGACACAGAAUUUCAUGUACCCAGUAUGUGUAGUUCUCCACGCCCAGAUGAUGUCUUCUCGGAAAAGAUAAAAAAUGAGAAGAAAGACCAGAGCUCUUCAACAUUUGGAAGAGUCUCCUUCGUCGACACCUCCUGUGACGGUUCAAAAUCCAUUUGA